UGACGCGCGCGGAAGCGCCGGGGGCAGCCACGGAAGCCGGCGGGCAGCAGAGCGGCGGCGGCGGCCACGGCCGGGCGCCCCGACGGGAGGGGCCCUGGAUCGCUCGGAGGCGCUGACCCCCUGCGGCCCCGCCGCCGUCCUCGGCGGCCCCAUGAGUCGGGGGACCAUGCCCCAGCCGGGAGCCUGGUUGGGCGCGAGCUGCGCCGAGAAGCUGGCGCGGGAGGCGGGGGCCGUGUCUCCGGGCCCCGGCAGAGCCGCCGCGCUGGAGAGCGGGAAGGCGGCGGCCGGCGGGCAGCCGCGGGCCGCGGUGCGGUGCCCGGCCGAGCACUCUCGGCACAUAGAAAUACCUUUGAAUUCCCAAAUUGAGGAAAGCAUUCAGAUAACCGGUUUGACAGAUAACUCCAUUGGCAGGCAAGCUGAAUUUGGAAGCGAGGAGGACAUGUAUCGUGCUGCGGAUGAAAUAGAAAAGGAGAAAGAGUUACUUAUACAUGAAAGAGGGUUAUCAGAACCUAAAUUAAGUGUAGCUCCUGAAAUGGAUAUCAUGGACUACUGCAAAAAGGAAUGGAGAGGAAAUACGCAAAAAGCUACAUGCAUGAAAAAGUCUUUCAGGGGCACAUUUUUCCAUAGGAAUAAAACUCUCCCUGAAGUUAGUAACAACCAUUUUGAGUUCUUUGAUGCUUUCACCCAGGGCUACGAAGAGGUAUCUCAGAAAUUCACCUCCAUAAGGCGAGUCCGCGGAGAUAACUACUGUGCGCUGAGGGCCACACUGUUCCAGGCCAUGAGCCAGCCAGCGGGGCUGCCCUCCUGGCUGCAGGACCCGGAGCUCACGCUGUUACCAGAAAAACUCAUAAGCAAAUACAGCUGGAUCAAGCAGUGGAAACUUGGAUUGAAAUUUGAGGGGAAGAGCGAGGACCUGGUUGAUAAAAUUAAGGAGUCCCUCACUUUACUAAGAAAGAAGUGGGCAGGCUUGGCUGAACUGAGAACUGCUGAAGCAAGGCAGAAAGCUUGUGAUGAACUGUUCACAAAUGAAGAGGAAGAAUAUAGCCUUUAUGAAGCUGUAAAAUUUUUAAUGUUACACAGAGCCAUUGAACUAUAUGAUGAUAAAGAGAAGGGAGAGGAUGUACCAUUUUUCUCUGUGCUUCUGUUUGCUCGGGACACAUCCAGUGACCCUGGACAGCUACUGAGGAACCAUCUAAAUCAGGUGGGACACACUGGUGGCCUCGAACAGAUUGAAAUGUUCCUUCUGGCCUAUGCUGUGCGCCACACCAUCCAGGUGUACCGGCUCUCCAAGUACAGCACUGAGGAGUUCAUCACGGUGUACCCCACAGACCCACCCAGGGACUGGCCGGUGGUGACCCUGAUUGCCGAGGACGAUCGGCAUUACAACAUCCCCGUCAGAGUGUGUGAGGAGACGAGUUUGUGAGAGACGUACACCCGGCAGCCUGGCAGCAGGGCCAAGGCGUGCGGGCCACUCCUCAGCCCGGGCCCCGGCUUGCUGGUCUCUUAGAAUGAAUUACGUGGACUCUUGGACCCUGUGAGCCAAGCUGGCCUGGGAUGUUCUGAAGACUAGCUUCUGAUAAUGAGUUAACCAAGUUUUCUUCUCAUUUAUGAUGCAAUAUGUUUUAGUGGGGCCUUCCAACACAUCUGUUGGAAGCUGCACACUCCAUCUUUGUUAUAAAACAAAUACUUUAGUGUCAGAAGAAUGCUCUUUAUAUCUCAAACCAAACUUUCUCUAUUAGUAAACUGGCUUUCAAAUUUUUUUUUUAAUAGUAAUUUUUUUGUUUUUGUGGUAAUGGGUCUCUGUGGUGCCCUUCCUAUGCAGUCUGCUUACGUGGUAUAAUUCUGGGAUGGAGUCUGCUAAUGGCAGUGUCGACAUCCUCUGAUAGUCUUGGCAAGCAGGGGUUUGGAUUUAUAUACUAAUUAAAGCUACCUUAAACAGAUUAUUUAAUAGAUGAUUGAGAAUUGGUUUUUUAAAGGCUGGAGAAGGAGCAGGAGGGAGAUGAUGGCACCUGUAAAUCCUUGCUCUUCGACGACAUGACCAGUGUUGAGGCCGCAGCCACACCAGGUCUGGUGCUGGGUGCAAGUGGUGUGCUCUAGUGUCGGGCUGUUUAUUACUCUGUGGCCCAUAGGUUCACUAUUAUAGUCAGAACAGAGUUCAGAUCUAUCUGCGUUUUUAGAGGAGGAAACCAAGGCCAAAUGACCACAGGCCCUCAGAUAUCUGAGUUUAGGGGUGGGAUAAGCUGGAUCCAGGUCUUCCUGUGCCCUUUUCCUACUAUUUUUUAGGAUGUUUCUAUUGCCAAAUUCAUCUGCUGGCAGGGGAUGAGUAACAGCAGAGUAGCUAAGGUUUUUCAUGAGUUAGUUUAAGCAGAAGUGCAUACUAAAACAGUGCAGAAGUAUGGCUAUGCUGCAUUGUCCCUGAUUUGGUUUGGAAAGCCUGAGGGAGGCAGGGUUCUGGGCCCUGAGCAAUUGCCUGCAUGGUGACUGGGUGGUGGUUAUGGGGCAGCCUAGCUGCCUGUGGCCUGCAUUAGGACCUGAAUUGUCCACGUGAGGUGUGGACAGUGCUCACAGUUACCAGACACGUCACUCUUUAGGGUUGUACCAGCAGCACCUGAAUUGGCUCAGCAUUAGUAGAGGUGGUGUUUCCCUGAAGCACUGAGCUUUAUUUUAGAAUAACUUAAAUUUUUAUUUGGUGCAGUUUAAUAGUUUAUAAGCUCUCUAAUCUGUUUUUUCAGAGGGGCGAACCUUUUUUGAAAAUCUAAGUUUUGCUUUCACUUCAAAUUCUUAGUUGAGAAAACUCAGAGGCCACACAAAACUAUUCAGACUGUUACGUUAGUAUUUUCCCCAUGACCUCAUCAGUAAUGGUCACCACAUUUUGGUAGAUGCUAAUUCUCUGAAUCAAAUUCUGCUCUAAAUGUGUGUGGAUUGGGGAGGCUUGUGUUUUUCACUGUGAAAUGCAAUGGUGCCUGGAUAGGAGGUGCCUAGAAGCCAAGUUCAAGUAAUAAUAAUGACUUCUUGUUGGCUUUGAUGCUUCAUUUUAGUAUUUGUAACAUAACAGGAAACACAUUACAUUUCAUUCUUUAAUAUUUUUAAAAGCAUAACUUCAAAUGUGUAGGCUGAACAAGGCAGCAGGGGUCUGUGUUCCUCUGACCAUUUGUUCAUACCCACCAUUGAAUUUAAUGAUACUCAUGAUCAUCUGUCUUUGAAUUUUGAAAAUAAUCUAAUCUCAGUAAACUUGAACUGAACUUCUGGGCAACUUAAUUGUUUACAUUUUAUACUUUUUUCUUGUUUCUAUGUAUGAUAUUGUUAAAAUUGUGGUCUUUACUCCUACACUGAUAAAAAUUCAAAAAGGUAAGUUUAACUGGUUUUCUGUCCUAAGGCCUUAUUGGAUGGACUCUGCUCUCAGACAUUGUCCAGGCUUAACGGGAUCACAGCAUAAGAGGAGCAAAGCUGUCCAUGAAACAGUGCUUCAGGAAAUAUAGAUGAUUGGCCAACUUUAAAAAGAACAUUUGUUUGUUGCAACAUGCAACUUCAGUUAUUCAGAGUCCUAAUUCAAUUUCUCAUUCCUGGUCUUGGGCUGGUCAGUGACAUGAGCAGAAUAGAAAUUAAAUUGAGACCAAAAUGGAUUCAAGAGGACAAUUAUUUAGAAGGACCUCUAAAAUGAUAAAGUAUCUAGAAGGAAAGUUAGUGGGAACUGCUCUGUGCUUACUUUUAAUCCCAGAGUUUAUUGCGAGAGUUCAGAGAUUCUGGACCCUAUGAUUUUGGCAGAAAGAUAAUCUCCACCUUAAGCAGGCAUGACUUACACCUUUGAGCUCCUUUAAGGUACAUUUAAAUAAAAAAGAAUUUCUGUGUAGCAAGUUCCAUGGCAUUAGCUUUGCUCCUUCAGAAUUUUUUCUGGCUCCCCUCCUCACCUGCAUAUACAGCUGUUCAUCUCACCCAUACACGUGGAACGGUGAUGUCGGCAAUGGAGAACAUGAGGCCAGUGUGUGGUUUUUCACUUGUGAUCUAGACGUAGGUGGAAUUUGAUCUGAAAUGCUUGCAGUUCCUCUUCCUUCAAAUAUGGCAUAUCUGAAAAUGUUUUAAAUGCACAGAACAAGACUGACCCUGUUUUCUUUAUAUAGCAAUUUCCACUUUUAUCAUACUAUUAUAUAUUCAGUUAAUGCCUGAUGAAAUUUUUCUUUAAGAAUAACAGACAUUGCCUUUGUGUUCUUUCAUUAGUCUUACCAGGUAAAAUCUCAGGCCAUGUGCACUCACACCUCUGAUGGGAGAAACGGCCUUUGCGGGUUAUGUGCUUGUUUUCUUUUUAGUAUUUUUGUUUUAAGAGGCUGUGCUAGUCCUGCUCUCACCCUCACCCCCACAUGCCGUUUUCCUCGUAGUUUUGUUUUUGCAGAUCUUCCUUGACUGAAGUGCUUAUGAAAAUGACAUCAUUGCAUUUAAUGAUGUAGCGCCUUUACCAUCGGCAUAGAUGAAGGACUCCAGUAGUCUUCCUGGCUGUUCUCCUUUCUGAUGUUAAAAUAAAGUUAGAUUACCUUCUUUUCUCCCUUUCUUAAGCAACACUUUGCAGGCACUCCCCCUUGAAAGCCAGAAAGUUAUUUUCAAAAGUGCUAGUACAUACCUCCAGGGCUUCUCACUUGUAGGCAUACAUAAAUAAAUGCCUUUUUAAAGAUAUGUGACUGCUGUGAAGUGAACCUAAAAUGUGUGUGAAAGGCCUGGAGUGUCCCCAAAUAGCUCAGCAGAAGCAGAGUCCAAUGUCAAGUCAUUUAAAAAUGGCCCAAGUAAUUGUACAAAGUGAACCAAAGGAGGACUGAUUUUAGAUGAGAAAUGCCACGUAGAAACGAAAACAACAGAUGCCUGGCACACCUCCUGGGCUUAAGUUAUAAAAGAAUACAAAUCUGAAAGAGGGGAAGGAUUUAUUUGGGUGGAUUCUGCAAAUUCCUUUUUCUAAAGUUUAUUAAGUCCCCACAUAACAGAAGAGUGACAUUUAAUGCCUUUGGGCAACCUCAUUGGUGAUCUCUUCUGAGGGGUGAAGAGACCAGGGCGCCAGUGCUGAGUUGUACAGAGAAUAAAGAUGGGCACCUCUUUUUAACAUUUGUGUAAUUCUAUCUAUAACCUGGAACCAUGGAAAGCACAAAACUAAACUAAUUUGACUGCCUGCCCAGCACCCUAGUGGCAGUAGCAUUGGGAGCAAGGUGGGCUCGCCAUGCCCAGGAGGGUGUGUGUGUUGUACGUGUAUGCAAGCACGUACAUGUAUGUAAAUGUAUGUGUGCUGAAGUCCCAUAGUGACUGUCUUAUGUCCGGAGGCCUACAGGAGGGGCCCCAGCAGAAGUGGGUAGGGUGGAGGGGAGCUGUCCCAUUUAUAUAUUUUUUUCAUGGUAAAUUGAAAUUUAUGACUGGGAAUGGUGGAAUGGGUUAAUGUGUAUAAUUAAACUAUACAGAGUGGCCAUUGAAUCUGAAAAUACAUUAAUUGUAUUGGAAUGUUAUAUCAACAAACUAUUUAUUGUAUAUGUCUCUGUUCCCAGGCCUUAUGGCCACCUGUAUAUUUAAAUAUUUCAAAUGCUUAUUAAUAGCCAGAGCUAUUAAUGGAGAACACUGACUGGAGUUUUAUCUCAGUCUUGUUGAUUUCUUGGGUCAGCAAUGAAAUUCCCAAAACAUGGGUAACAGCAAGGAACCGGUCAGGUCUGGAUUUGAAAUAUCAAGUCAGCAGUCGUUUCCCUGUGCUUGAACUUAAUAAAGUAAUUUUGUAUUUAAUUUUAACAGUUGUAUUAUAUUGAAAAAUGCCUUCGCAUAAAUGGUGCUAGAGUAUGGUACCCCUCUCUUUCAGGUUCACUCUAAUUACUUCUGAGUAUUUAGAUAUUGGAACAAAGAGCCAAAAUGAAUGUAUUUAAUGAGUUAUCUGCUCUUUUCCAUUGCUUUUAUAGAAAUGUCUUGGUAUUGUCACCUGCCCUGGUAUUUCUCCUGCUGCAGGCGGGGCUGGGAAGGGAGAGAGAGCAGCAGGAACACGAGGUGUGAACCUGGCCCUGCUCAUCUUGGCUUGUUUAGCCAAGUCUCUGUUUACACUGUAAAAUGUCAACAUGUGUCAAAAAAUUCUCCUGCUCUGAAAAACAUGCCGCAGGCUCUGGUCAGGUUGGGGCCUCGCCUCCCACCUGCCUCUGCAGCGGGACACCUGGCUCAGGGCAUAGGAGUUUCCUUUGUGACUUGUUGAGUCUCAUCUUCACAAUCAAAAAAUAAACAGAAAAUAAAAAACUCA